ACACCCUCCCAGAUGACCCCUUUCCCCGGUUCCGUCUCCCCGUUUCCCCCGGCCUUGCCUCUUUGCCCCCGGCCCUCCUUGUUCCAUCUCCCCACUUGGGCUAGUCGCCCGCUGGCCGCGCCGCUGUCUCGUGCAGCCCAACUCCCUUCCCCUCGACCGACAGCCUGUGCGCCCCAGGUCUGCCCGCGGCACCUUUCGGGGCUCUGUCUCGCUGCUUCUCCAGGCUUUGCUUUCCUUCCGACCUGUCCCCUGGGGCUCUGAGGAAGGAGGGAGUCCCUGUCCUUUUCUCGUUUCCCCAGUUCCCCGCCCCCCAACUCUGGCCCCUUUCUCCUUCUAGCAGUCUCUAGGGGUGGGGAGAGAACCGGAAUUUGGGGGGCCCUCUGGAGGGGCAAGGGGCUAUGUGUCGCGGGCGAAAGGGUCUGUGAGUGUGUUUGGGGUGGGGGCGGGGACGGUUAGAGACCCGGCUGCCUCUCUGUUGUCCCUUUAAAUGGCCCUCACAUUUCUGGGGACUCGUGGGGGUAGGUGGCAAGCCUCUGCCUGGGGGGCAGGGCCCUCUGUUCGUCCACACAAUCAGGGGUGGUAAUGAUUUAAAGGGACAGCCUCGGUGUGGCCGCUGCCACCCUGCGCCAGCGGGAGGGGGGAGCCGGCAGGCCUUGUCUGGGGAGGCUUGGCUGGCGAGCAGGGCAUUUGAGGCUGAAUCUGUUUCGGGGCCUGCCAGGUCUGGGACAGUGCUGCGGAUGGGACCUGCACGGAGGGGUGACAGCUUGCCUGGGGGGCACUCAACCUGGGCCUUCUCCAGGGCCCCACCUUUGGGUUCAUGGACUCCUUGGCCAAGAAUCCUUGAGUCUAAACUACGGAGUCUGUCGGCCACCAGGUGGGGGCCACCGGCAGGUCUGCACGUCAGCAGCCUGUCCUGGGCACACUGGAGCUGGCCCUUCAGCUUCCCCUUUUGUUGUUUGGCUCUGUGCACAAGAAAGCCCCAGCCCCUCCCCCAGCUCCCCCUUCCCGUCCACAUGCCCCCCCCCCCAACACACACACCCACCCCAGCUGUUGGACAGAUGAAUUACAGCCUCCGGCUUGGGGCCAGGGCUGGUGAGGGAUUAAAGCUCUGGGGCUGGCCCUUUAAAUGGCUGUUGGCCCCUCCCCCACUCUGGUGUCCAGACACCCCAUACACACCCCGCUGACCCCCUUGGCUGACCCCCUUGGCUGCCCCUCACUUCUCCUCUUGGUCUGUCCUAAGGCCCCUCCCCAGCAUCCCCUUCUUCCCCAACACAACCACAAAUACAAAUGCUACAGACUAACACACACACACACACUCACUCUCUCUCUCUCUCUCUUUCUCUCUCUCUCUCUGUUUCUCUCUCUCUCUUUCUCUCUCUCUCUCUCUUUCUCUUUCUCUCUCUCUGUUUCCCUCUCUCUCUCUCUCUCCCUCUCUCUCUGUUUCUCUCUGUUUCUCUCUCUCUCUCUCUCUUACUCACUCACUCUCUGGUCUCACAUUCUGAGUGUCCCUGUCCUGGAGGGUUCCAGCCUCAAGCUCCCUUCUCCAGCAGAAGGACCUUGCCUGCCUGGCCUCCCUAGCCUGCAGCUGACCACUACCCUGGCCAGGUGAGGGGCCUUGCAUGGGUCAGAAAUAGCACCUCCCCUGGGGGCAGUGUCAUCAGCAGCUGAGGCAGCUUGCAGCACAUUGCAUCAUGGAGGCUGGGGGCUGGAGGCCUGAGCCUCUGGGGCAGGGGGAAGGAUGGGGGCUGGAAGGACAGGGAGCGGAGAGGCUAGACUGGGAGCCCAAGUGUCUGGGUGCUUAAGGGCAGAGAACUAUGGCUAAGAGGGCAGAAAACAUAGGUCCCUGAGGAGUGAGUUUGAGGUGAGGUAGACUUAGGUCUGACCCCUGGAUGGACACCAGAUUCUUGGCCCUGGACCUAGACACCUAACUUCUUGUCUCUGAAAGUUAGGAGGGGAGGGAGUGGGCCUCUAUCACCUAAUUGGGCCACAUAGAGGAAGGAGGUGAUGGAGAAACAGGAUAUGGCCUUGAUGGGUUGAUGGAAGGGAGGCUUGCAGCAGAGGCCACUUCCAGACCCAGGCCCAGAGUCACAGUCCUUGCUGAGGAGGAAGACUCCUCCCUGCUGGGCCCGUUCAUCUAGUCUGGCCACCUGUGCUGCUCACCAAGACCUGCCUGCACCAGCCUGAGGGAAGGAGAGGGGGCAGAGUCCAGAAGGUUCCCCCAGGCACCAUGCCAGCCCCGUAGUACCACCCACCCCACCCACUGUGGUCUGCUGCACCCUACUGCUGGGGCGCUGCUUCCAAUGAGACAGGGCACACCAAACUCCCAUCUGGCUGUUACUGAGGCGGAGACACGGGUGAUGAUUGGUUUUCUGGGGAGAGAGGAAGUCCUGUGAUUGGUCAGGUCUCCGGAGCUCGCCGACGCCGGGAGAGAAAGCUCCCACGGAGGCCGGAAUUGGCUGUGAAAGGCCCUGGGCGACCAUCUGGGGGCAGUGGGCACUCCUGUCAGAGCGGCUGGAGCCGGACCAUCGCCCCAAGGAGCUGGGGCAGGGGGCCGUGCCCGAUCUCUGGGGCCACUGCUGACCUGGCUGGAUGCAUCGGGCAGUGGACCCUGCAGGGGCCCGCGCUGCACGGGAAGCCUUUGCCCUUGGGGGCUUGAGCUGUGCUGGGGCCUGGAGCUCCUGCCCGCCCCAUCCCCCUCCUCGGAGCGCAUGGCUGCCUGGAGGCAGGUGCUCUGCCAGCAUCGGGCAGCCCCCACUCCCUGCUCCCCUACCUCCUUCACACGGCAGUAGCUCUGGCCACCCCAACAAACCGUAUUAUGCUCCAGGGACACCCACCCCAAGACCCCUCCAUGGGAAGCUGGAAUCCCUGCAUGGCUGUGUGCAGGCAUUGCUCCGGGAGCCGGCCCAGCCGGGGCUGUGGGAGCAGCUUGGGCAGCUGUACGAGUCAGAGCACGACAGUGAGGAGGCUGUACGCUGCUACCACAGCGCCCUUCGAUACGGAGGAAGCUUGGCUGAGCUGGGGCCCCGCGUCGGCCGACUACAGCAGGCCCAGCUUUGGAACUUUCAUGCCGCCUCCUGCCAGCACCGACCCAAGGUUCUGCCUCCCCUGGAGCAAGUGUGGAACUUGUUGCACCUUGAGCACAAACGGAACUAUGGGGCCAAGCGGGGGGGUCCCCCGGUGAAGCGAGCCGCCGAACCCCCGGUGGUGCAGCCUAUGCCUCCUGCAGCACUCUCAGGCCCCUCGGGGGAGGAGGGCCUCAGCCCUGGAGGCAAACGCAGGAGAGGCUGCAACUCUGAGCAGACUGGCCUUCCCCCAGGGCUGCCUCCGCCACCAUUACCCCCAGCCCCACCCCCGCCUGGCCUAGCCACCAGCCCUCCAUUCCAGCUGACCAAGCCAGGGCUGUGGAGUACCCCGCAUGGAGAUGCAUGGGGCCCCGAGCGCAAGGGUUCAGCACCCCCAGAGCGCCAGGAGCAGCGGCACUCGCUGCCUCACCCAUAUCCAUACCCAGCUCCGGCCUACCCUGUGCACCCCCCCGGCCACCGGCUGGUCCCGGCUGCACCCCCAGGCCCCCGCCCCCCAGGAGCAGAGAGCCAUGGCUGCCCGCCUGCCACCCGUCCCCCUGGAAGUGACCUUAGAGAGAGCAGAGUUCAGAGGUCGCGGAUGGACUCCAGCGUUUCACCAGCAGCAACCACCGCCUGUGUGCCUUACGCCCCUUCCCGGCCCCCUGGCCCCCCCGGCACCACCACCAGCAGCAGUAGCAGCAGCAGCAACCCUGGUCUCCGGGGCGUGGAGCCGAGCCCAGGCAUUCCCGGUGCUGACCAUUACCAAACUCCCGCGCUGGAGGUCUCCUCUCACCAAGGCCGCCUUGGGCCCUCAGCACACAGUAGUCGGAAACCAUUCCUGGCGGCUCCCGCUGCCACUCCCCACCUGUCCCUGCCACCCGGCCCCUCCUCACCUCCUCCUCCCCCUUGUCCCCGCCUCUUACGCCCUCCACCCCCCCCUGCCUGGCUGAAGGGCCCAGCCUGCCGAGCAGCCCGUGAGGAUGGAGAGAUCUUAGACGAGCUCUUCUUCGGGGCUGAGGGACGCCCCCGCCCUCCCCCGCCACCCCUCCCCCACCGCGAGGGCUUCUUGGGACCUCCGGCCCCCCGCUUUUCUGUGGGCACUCAGGAUUCGCACACCCCUCCCGCUCCCCCAACCACCAGCAGCAGCAACAGUGGCAGCCACAGCAGCAGCCCUACUGGGCCUGUGUCCUUCCCUACACCUUCCUAUUUGGCCAGAAGUAUGGACCCCCUUCCCCGCCCCCCCAGCCCAACAUUGAGCCCCCAGGACCCACCUCUUGCACCCCUGACUCUUGCCCUGCCUCCAGCCCCUCCCUCCUCUUGCCACCAGAAUACCUCAGGAAGCUUCAGGCACCCGGAGAGCCCUCGGCCCAGGGUCUCCUUCCCAAAGACCCCCGAGGGGGGGCCGGGGCCAUCCCCAGGCCCCCUGAAUAAAGCCCCCCAGCCUGUGCCGCCCAGGGUUGGGGAGCUGCCUGCCCGAGGCCCUCGACUCUUUGACUUCCCCCCUACCCCACUGGAGGACCAGUUUGAGGAGCCAGCUGAAUUCAAGAUCCUACCUGAUGGGCUGGCCAACAUCAUGAAGAUGCUGGAUGAAUCCAUUCGCAAGGAGGAGGAGCAGCAACGACACGAGGCAGGCGUGGUCCCCCCGCCUCCUCUGAAGGAGCCCUUUACAUCUCUGCAGCCUCCAUUCCCCACUGACACAGCCCCAGCCACCACUGCUGCCACCGCCGCCACCACCCCGGCCACCCAGGAAGAGGAGAAGAAGCCACCACCAGCCCUGCCACCACCGCCGCCUCUAGCCAAGUUCCCGCCACCACCCCAGCCACCGCCAACUGCGCGAGCCCCACCAGCCAGCCCGGCCAACCUGCUCAAGUCCUUGGCUUCCGUGCUGGAAGGACAAAAGUACUGUUACCGGGGGACUGGAGGAGCUGUUCCCACCCGGCCUGGGCCCUUGCCCACCACUCAGUAUUCCCCCGGUUCCUCUUCAGGUGCUACCGCCCCACCGCCCACCUCCGCGGCCCCGAGCGCCCAGGGCUCCCCACAGCCCUCCGCUUCCUCGUCAUCUCAGUUCUCUACCUCAGGCGGGCCCUGGGCCCGGGAGCGCAGGGCGGGCGAAGAGCCAGCCCCGGGCCCCAUGACCCCCGCACCCCCGCCCCCACCCCUGCCGCUGCCCCCUGCUCGUUCUGAGUCUGAGGUGCUAGAAGAGAUAAGUCGGGCCUGUGAGACCCUUGUGGAGCGGGUGGGCCGGAGCACCGCAGACCCGGCCGACCCAGUGGACACGGCAGAUCGAGCGGACAGCGGGACUGAGCGACUGCAGCCCCCAGCUCAGGCCAAGGAGGAGAGCGGUGGGGUGGCGGCCGCAGCACGACCAGGGAGCAGCAAGAGGCGGCAGAAGGAGCACCGGCGGCACCGGCGGGCCUGUAAGGACAGUGUGGGUCGGCGGCCCCGGGAGGGCAGGGCCAAGGCCAAGGCCAAGGCCCCCAAAGAAAAGAGCCGCCGAGUGCUGGGGAACCUGGACCUGCAGAGCGAGGAGAUCCAGGGUCGUGAGAAGGCCCGGCCGGAUCUGGGCGGGGCCUCCAAGGCCAAGCCGCCCGUAGCUCCGGGCCCUCCGCCAGCUCCUGCACCCUCUGUCCAGCCCACACCCCCGGCAGCCCCUGUCCCUGGGAAGAAGGCUCGGGAGGAAGCUCCGGGGCCACUGGGUGUCAGCCGGGCUGACAUGCUGAAGCUGCGCUCACUUAGUGAAGGGCCCCCCAAGGAGCUGAAGAUCCGGCUCAUCAAAGUAGAAAGUGGUGACAAGGAGACCUUCAUCGCCUCGGAGGUGGAAGAGCGGAGGCUGCGGAUGGCAGACCUCACCAUCAGCCACUGUGCUGCCGACGUCGUGAGGGCCAGCAAGAAUGCCAAGGUGAAAGGGAAGUUUCGAGAGUCCUACCUUUCCCCUGCCCAGUCUGUGAAACCGAAGAUCAACUCGGAGGAGAAGCUGCCCCGGGAAAAACUGAACCCGCCCACACCCAGCAUCUAUCUGGAGAGUAAACGGGAUGCUUUCUCGCCGGUGCUGCUGCAGUUCUGUACAGACCCUCGAAAUCCCAUCACCGUGAUCCGGGGCCUGGCAGGCUCCCUGCGGCUCAACUUGGGCCUCUUCUCCACCAAGACGCUGGUGGAGGCCAGUGGUGAGCACACGGUGGAGGUGCGCACCCAGGUGCAGCAGCCCUCAGAUGAGAACUGGGACCUGACAGGCACGCGACAGAUCUGGCCCUGCGAGAGCUCCCGUUCCCACACCACCAUUGCCAAGUACGCGCAGUACCAGGCCUCAUCCUUCCAAGAGUCCCUGCAGCAGGAGGAGAAGGAGAGUGAGGACGAGGAGUCCGAGGAGCCGGACAGCACCACGGGAACCCCUCCUAGCAGCGCACCGGAUCCGAAGAACCAUCACAUCAUCAAGUUUGGCACCAACAUCGACCUGUCCGAUGCCAAGCGGUGGAAGCCCCAGCUGCAGGAGCUGCUGAAGCUGCCCGCCUUCAUGCGGGUAACCUCCACGGGCAACAUGCUGAGCCACGUGGGCCACACCAUCCUGGGCAUGAACACAGUGCAGCUGUACAUGAAGGUCCCAGGCAGCCGAACGCCAGGCCAUCAGGAGAACAACAACUUCUGCUCGGUCAACAUCAACAUUGGCCCAGGAGACUGCGAGUGGUUCGCGGUGCACGAGCACUACUGGGAGACCAUCAGCGCUUUCUGCGACCGGCAUGGCGUGGACUACCUGACGGGUUCCUGGUGGCCAAUCCUGGAUGACCUCUAUGCUUCCAACAUCCCUGUGUACCGCUUCGUGCAGCGCCCCGGAGACCUUGUGUGGAUUAAUGCGGGGACCGUGCACUGGGUGCAGGCCACCGGCUGGUGCAACAACAUCGCCUGGAACGUGGGGCCCCUCACCGCCUAUCAGUACCAGCUGGCCCUGGAACGAUACGAGUGGAACGAGGUGAAGAACGUCAAAUCCAUCGUGCCCAUGAUUCACGUGUCCUGGAACGUGGCUCGCACGGUCAAAAUCAGCGACCCCGACUUGUUCAAGAUGAUCAAGUUCUGCCUCCUGCAGUCCAUGAAGCACUGCCAGGUGCAGCGGGAGAGCCUGGUGCGGGCCGGGAAGAAAAUCGCCUACCAGGGCCGGGUCAAGGACGAGCCCGCCUACUACUGCAACGAGUGCGACGUGGAGGUGUUCAACAUCUUGUUCGUGACGAGUGAGAACGGCAGCCGUAACACGUACCUGGUGCACUGCGAGGCUUGUGCGCGGCGCCGCAGCGCAGGCCUGCAGGGUGUGGUGGUGCUGGAGCAGUACCGCACGGAGGAGCUGGCGCAGGCCUACGACGCCUUCACGCUGGUGAGGGCCCGGCGGGGCGGGGACCCGAGGGGGCGCCGGGGCGGGCCGGGCCGGGGGUGGGCGAUCGCGCAUCCUGAGCUCCGCCUGCUCUCUCCCGCAGGCCCCGGCCAGCACGUCGCGAUGAGGCCGGACGCCCCGCCCGCCUGCCCGCCCGCAGGGCGCCGCGGGGCCACCAGCACACGCCUGGGCUGGACCUAGGUCCCGCCUCUGGCCGGGAAGGGGGUCGGGCCCAGCCCUUCCACCCCAUUGGCAGCUCCCCUCACCUAAUUUAUUAAGAAAAAGAAUUUUUUAAAAAACAAAUAUGAGGAAAAAAGGAAAAAAAAUGGGAGACGGGGAAGGGGGCUGGUAGCCCCUCGCCCACCAGCGCCUCCCUCACCGACUUUGGCCUUUCUAGCAACAGACACAAGGACCAGGCUCCGGCGGCGGCGGGGGUCACAUACGGGUUCCCUCACGCCUGCCAGCCGCCCGCCCGGCGCAGAUGCACGCGGCUUGUGUAUGUACAUAGACGUUACGGCAGCCGAGGUUUUUAAUGAGAUUCUUUGUAUGGGCUUUACCCCUCCCCCAGAACCUCCUUUUUUACUUCCAGUGCUAGCUGUGACCCCUGUACAUGUCUCUUGUUUAUUCACUUGGUUAUGAUUUGUAUUUUCUGGGUUUUUUGUUUGUUUUGGUUUUUAAUUUAUAACAGUCCCACUCACCUCUAUUUAUUCAUUUUUGGGAAAACCCGACCUCCCGCACCCCCAAGCCAUCCCGCCCGCCCCUCCAGGGACCGCCCGCCGCCGGACCCUCCCUGCGCCCCAGUGUGUGUCCGGCCCCGGCCCGUCCGUCUCCGCCCGUCCGCCCGCCCGCGGCUCCAGCCGGGUUCUCAUGGUGCUCAAACCUGCUCCCCUCCCCUACGUCCUGCACUUUCUCGGACCAGUCCCCCACUCCCGACCCGACCCCAACCCCGCCUGAGGGUGAGCGACUCCUGUACUGUAGGGGAAGAAGUGGGAACUGAAAUGGUAUUUUGUAAAAAAAAAAUAAUAAAUAAAUAAAAUAAAUUUUUAAAGUUUUAAAGAAAGAACUAUGAGGAAAAGGAGCCCCGUCCUUCCCAGCCCCGGCCAAUUUUAAAAACACGGACCUUCCCCUUACAACCCACCCCCCUUUUCUUUUUAAGCGUGAAACAGCCCAGGGCCAGGGCCUCACUGGGGCAGGGACACCCCGGGAUGAGUUUCUCUGGGGCUUUAUUUUCGUUUUGUCGUUUUUUUUUUUCUCCUCCACGCUGGGGCUGCGGAGGGGUGGGGGGUUUACAGUCCUGCCCCCUCGCACUGCACUGUCUUUCUGCUCCAGGGGCAGAGGGGUCUUCCCAACCCUACCCUUAUUUUCGGUGAUUUUUGUGUGAGAAUAUUAAUAUUAAAAAUAAAAUCAGAAAAAAAAA